AUGCGAUAUAAAUUAUUUUGCAUUUUUAUUUUAUUGAAUUUAGUAGCCAAAAGUGUGCCGUGGCAAUAUUUUACAUCAAUUAGUGAUUUGACAUUAAUAGGAUCCGAUAAAGAACCGGUUCGUAUGCACAGUCAGUACACUUAUGGGAAUUGUAAACGGCGCGAUUUAAAAUUGUUUGCUCACGUACACAAGGAUCACAUUGAAAUAUUAGGAAAAGUAAUUGUUCGAGGAUGGUUAAAGAUAAUCAGAAUGCCAACUUGCAUCAUUCUUCGAGCAACUUCGUACGAAGAAGAUCUGUUUAGAAGUACAACGUACAAUUUUCAAAUUUGCGUUCCAAGAAUAACAUAUUGCCAUUCGAAACAUCGUUAUAAAUACUUCUACUAUGAGUGGUAUCUACCUCUCGAUUACAUAGGUGGAAUGAAUUGGGAUUUAUACUUUUAUGGGCCUCCAAACUUGGUCUGGCAAUAA